UUGAUGAUGGCGGAUGGACAGAGAGACGGUGCUGAACCCGGGCUGCCGGCUCCGCAGGUCCCCAGCGAGCUCGUCCCAAACUCAAGUGUGUUCUCCUGUGAAACCCAACCCAUCUCAAACGGGAAAUACCCAGACCAGGGUGACCCUUCUGUCAGCAAUGAAACUGCAGAGAGAAACCAGUCCACAACUCCCCGCAGCAGCAUCAUCAAGGAUGGGUCACGACAGAGACGGGACAGGAAGAAAACGGUCUCUUUCAGCAGUAUGCCCAACGACCGGAAAAUUAGCAGCGCCGCUGCCUGCAUUUCCUUCAUGCUGGAGGGAUGUGAGAUGAAAAAGGUUCGCUCCAACUCCAGAGUGUACAACCGUUACUUUAUCCUCGGCUCCGACAUGAGGUCCCUGAGAUGGGAGCCGUCUAAAAAAGACUCUGAAAAGGCAAAAAUUGACAUCAAAUCCAUCAAAGAAGUGAGAUUGGGAAAGAAGACACCUGUGCUUCGCAAUAAUGGGAUAUCGGACCAAUUCUCAGACGAAUGUGCUUUUUCAAUAAUAUAUGGGGAAAACUAUGAGUCAUUAGACUUGGUGGCUAGUUCUGCUGAUAUUGUGAACACUUGGGUUAUGGGACUGAGGUACCUGGUUUCAUAUGGAAAGCACACACUUCACAUGAUAGAGUCAAAUCAAAACAGCUUACGCUCUUCAUGGCUGGAAUCUGUAUUUCAUGCUGCAGAUGUUGCAAAAGAGGGUCACAUUCCACUGGCUGAGGCUGUCCAACUAAUUAAGGGCCUAAGCCCUGGAAUGAGGACCACAAAAGCUGAACUUAAAUUCAAAGAAUUACAGAAAGCAAAGGACAAACUGGGGACGGAGGUUACAUUGGAGAUCUUCACCGAGGCUUACUGUGAGCUCUGCACACGGCCAGAAGUGUUUUUUCUGCUCGUACAGUUUUCCAGCAAUAAAGAAUACCUCGACUCCAAGGACCUUAUGCUAUUCCUGGAUGCAGAACAGGGGAUGGAGGGUGUCAUGGAAGAUACAUGUUUGGAAAUCAUUCGCAAAUAUGAACCAUCACAGGAAGGCCAGGAAAAAGGAUUCCUCUCCAUAGAUGGCUUCACAAAUUAUCUCCUAUCAAUUGAUUGUCAUAUUUUUGAUCUGCAACAUGAAAAUGUGUGCCAAGAUAUGACUCAGCCUUUGUCCCAUUACUACAUUAAUGCAUCCCAUAACGCUUGUCUGUUGGAAGACCAUUUCUGGGGCUCUUCAGAUAUUAAUGGGUAUAUCCGAGCUCUGAAGAUGGGUUGCCGUAGUAUUGAACUGGUGGUUUGGGAUGGUCCCGAUAACGAGCCUUCAAUUUAUGUUGGUCGUUUGAUGACAACACAGGUAGCCUUUCGGUGUGUUCUUGAUGUGAUAAACAAGUAUGCCUUUGUGGCUUCUGAACAUCCACUGAUCCUUUGCUUGGUCACACAUUGUUCAGUUAAACAGCAGAAAGUGAUGGCUCAGCAUCUAAAGAAGAUUCUGGGAGAUAGACUGCAUACGGACUCUCCGGGCCCAGAGGAGAGUUAUCUCCCAUCGCCAGAACAACUCAAAGGGAAGAUUCUUCUAAAAGGUAAAAAGUUACCUGGGAAUUGUUGUGAUUCUGAAGGAGAUGUUAGUGAUGAAGAUGAAGGAAUUGAAAUGUGUCAAAGGAUGGGGGAAGAUGAUGCUGAUCAAUUGAACACAGUCACUGAGAAAAAACUGAGGCUUUCCAAAGAGCUGUCUGAUCUAGUGAGCGUCUGCAAAUCGGUGCAGUUUAAGGACUUCGAAGUUUCCAAAAGAAAGCAGAAAUAUUGGGAAAUCUGUUCAUUUAAUGAGGUAGUGGCAAGCAGAUAUGCCAAUGAAUAUCCAGAGGACUUUGUAAUUUAUAAUAAGAAGUUCUUGUCCAGGGUCUACCCAAGCCCCAUGAGAAUCGAUGCCAGUAAUAUGAACCCUCAGGACUUUUGGAAAUGUGGCUGUCAAAUUGUAGCCAUGAACUAUCAGACUCCUGGGCUAAUGAUGGAUCUCAAUAUUGGCUGGUUUCGUCAGAAUGGAAACUGUGGGUAUGUUCUUCGCCCUGCUAUCAUGAGAGAAGAGGUGUCCUACUUCAGUGCUAACGCCAAGGACUCACUACCUGGGGUGUCAGCCCAGCUGCUUCACAUCAAAAUCAUCAGUGGUCAAAAUCUACCGAAACCCAAAGGUUCUGCAGCCAAGGGUGAUGUUGUGGAGCCAUAUGUCUAUGUAGAGAUUCAUGGCAUACCAGCUGACUGUACAGAACAAAGGACUAAGACAGUGACGCAAAAUGAGGACAACCCCAUCUUUGAUGAAAGCUUUGAGUUUCAAAUUAAUUUACCUGAGCUUGCAUUGUUACGGUUUGUAGUUUUAGACGACGACUACAUCGGAGAUGAAUUCAUUGCACAGUACACUAUUCCCUUUGAAUGCCUGCAGGCAGGAUACAGGCACGUGCCCCUCCAGUCUUUGACAGGAGAAUUUCUGCCCCAUAGCACAUUAUUCAUACACGUGGCCAUCACCAACCGACGAGGUGGAGGGAAAUCCCAGAAAAGGGGGAUUUCUGUUCGCAAAGGGAAGAAAGCCAGAGAGUACACUUCAACCAAAACUAUAGGGAUCAAAGUUAUAGACGAAGUUUUUAGGGCAGCCACUCAACCUUUGCGUGAAGCAACGGAUUUACGAGAAAAUGUACAGAAUGCCAUGGUCUCGUUUAAAGAGUUGUGCGGUCUGACCCCUGCGGCAAACAUGAAGCAGUGCAUUCUGACGUUGUCGUCAUGGUUACUGAACAGCGACAACACAGUGUUGGUGACAUUGAACCUCAGCGAGCAAUAUCCUUCCAUGGAGGCGCAGGGUCCAGUUCCAGAUCUGCUCAGGAAGGUUCUUGCGGCCUAUGAUACAAUGAUUCAGACCAGCAAGAUGCUGAUUGAAUCUGCUGAUGCUGUCUACGUGAAGAUAAUACAGGCUCAGAAGGCUGGGUUGGAUUUCCAUGAAGAUUUGCAUGGAAUUGGAUCAAAAGAAGGCUUGAAAGGACGUAAACUUCAAAAGGCAUUUGAGAGCUUUGCAUGGAAUAUCACUGUACUAAAAGGUCAAGCAGAUCUCCUGAAGCAUGCAAAGAACGAGGCAUUGGAUAACCUGAGGCAGAUCCACUACGCAGCACAGUCUUGUGGCAUCAGUAAGAAUGGCUCAACAUCUCCAGACCUAUUCAGAACACGGGGGACUCUGGACAGCAUUCCUGAAAGUGAAAACACAAGUGACAAUGUGUCUUGCUGACCCCAGCAGGCACAGAAAUGACAGGCAAUUGUACAAAAUACACACACACAUUCACAUUCUCGCUUGAUCUCCCUCAGCCACUGACAGGUGAUUUUGUUUGAUAUGAGUUGGAUUUGACAGUUGUUGUUCAUAGCAUUUCAUUUUAAAAACAAGGUCAUGUACUUUGCAAUGGUGCUGCUUUUACUGAGUCACCAUUAGUAUGUCAGAGCAGUGCUACUCUCUCAGAUAUUCAAUGAGGGCCAAUUCAAGUCAAUAUGUGGCUUCAGAGUUGCUCUCAGCCUAGCUGUAAAGGUGGGAUCUGAAUAUAAGCCUGUAGUUCCUUCCACAGUGGGCUCUUAAUCUUGAUUAUGCCACUAUAGAUACUUGCCAUGUGGAAAUUAGCUAUUUCUCUAUAAGAACAGAGAGGAAACAAAAUCCUGUAGAAUCAAUAAAUAUCAAUGUUAAAUAGUUGUAUUUUAGCAAAACCCUUUUGCUUGCUGUAUGGAAGCUGGGAUAUCAUCCAUGAUGGGAGGCCUAGAGACAGAUGGAGCAGCAAGUCUGCUGGAGGUCAAGGAUCCUAUUAUAUUUUGGAUAUUUUUCAGGCAUAUUUCAUCAAGCAGGUGGGCAGGAAUGAUUUAGAAAUCUCAAAAAAAAACUGCUGUAACAUUUUCUGCCUAUUGACUAUGAAUAGGUAGAAAUCUAGCCCAAGCAUUGAUGCUGAAGUGUGUCUGAAAGCUUUAUUGUAGGCCAAACAUUUGUACAAAAUUCCUCCAAUAUUUAUGUCACUUCCAAUCUGAGAUUGGAACUCGAGCUACUUUUUCAUCACCAGCGAUGCAAAACAAUCAUUAUUUCAGUGAAGAUGAACAAUGCGUAUUUUCAUUGUAAAACAGUCACUGUACUGCCAUUUCAACCUCACUUCAAAGGGACUUGUCAGAUCCAAAUCACUGUCUCAAUUCCAGUUCUUGUGACUAGACAGUUACAACAAAAUCUCAUUACCACCCACCCAGUAAAGUGCGUCUAUGAAAUAAAGCCAUGCAAAAUAAUAUUUAUGUUUCUCAUUCUGAAUUUUGACAUAAAUGUUUUCUGAAAACUUGUUUGCCUCUUUAUCUUCAGUUACUGAUCAGGGAUGGAUGAAAGUAAUUUACCACCUAGAACAGGGGCCUCUUUGUUGCAUUAAUAAUCAUGACCUUUAAAACUGAUGAACUACAAUACUGGUAGGAGUCUCUGGACUUGCAGUAGCGUUUGCCCAUCCUCCCCAUGUAUAAAGAAGACGGGCAGAAGAAUUUUAUUUUAGUAUUGUUUUUGUUGAGUUCCUCAGUGAUGUCAUUAUGCUGCUAUUAAAGACAAGGCAUUAUAAAUAAACUAACUGUUCUUCCAGCUA